AUGGCCGAGUCUCAUGGAGUAGGUUUUGUGUGGUUAUCUUGGGUUAUUUGACCUCUUAAUCCGUUAGGCGUAUUUUUUAAAUUUUUUAAGUUUAUUUUGACUUUUUUAGGUUUAUUUAUGUAUUUUUCGUUUUUAGGCUUACGUUUGGUAUCUAAACCUUAUUUUUAAAUGUUUUUUAGGUUUAUAUCGGCUGUUUGAGGCUUACUUUUAGUUUUUUAAGCUUUUUUAAGUUUUAUAACCUUUAAGCUUAUCUAUUAUCUAUAAUUUAAGGCUUAUUUUCCGGCUUUUAUGUUAAUUUUCAGGUUUUUAAUGUUUUUUUUGGCUUUUUUUAAUUUUACUUUUAAAAUUUCCAGAAAAAGAAAAAGAGAGCUGCCUCGCCAAAAGAACCAUCUCCCCGUCCAGCGUUGACACCAAAAGAACGGCACGUCGAUGUGUACCAUGAGGACCAGAAAGUCAAGGCGGAACCUGUACAAGCUCCACGUCUGAAACUGCCGUUCAGGCCAGGCCAACCAAUCCCAUGGACUCCGAAGCCACGCAAAACACAACUGGAAACGAAUGAACAGAAGGUAAGUGGUAACUAUAAUACUUUUUUAGACAUUUUUUCUUAUUUUGACUUUGUAUUUGACAAUAUAUAAUACUAACAAUCAUAUUCCAGGCUAUUCGUGACGGCAAGCUCCGCUGUGUCCACAUGUGGCCAACUGAAGCCCACAAGCACGCUUUGCAACACCGUCCGAAGCCGUGGGUACGUGAUCCUGUGAUGAACAUCCUCCACAUUGACUUUUACGUUGGUAGAGUACCAUUGUGGUACAUUGAGACCAAGUUACUCAAGGUACCGGGUGACUUUAUCUUGUCACGAGCUCACGAUAACACUCCCAGAAUCUCGGUUAUGACCCACGAACGUGAUCACGCCGUAGCCACGUUCACCAUCGCGUUUGAGCAGUCGCAAAACAAAUCUGACAGAAACUUCUACUACAAAUUCGUUGGGACUAAUACUCACAGUAACUCGAUCUGGGGCCUUGUGUUACAGUAUCGAGAGAAUCCGGUAGGUUUUUUAGUUCUAGAGUAAGGUUGGGUAAAGUAGAGUUGAGUAGAAUACGGUAGGCCUACCGCGGUAGGGUAGGGCAGAGUAGGGCGGGUAGGGUAAGGUAGGGUAUUUUGAAAUAUACUGUACUUUUAACUUUUUUGUUCCAGAAGCUUCUAGAAGAAGAAACACGGAGAAAAGCGUCGUUACUGUACCCAGUUAUUCCGUGUCAGAGCUGUAUGUACGUUGACUAUGAGUACUAUUUUGCUCCGAUGCACAUUAGACACUUUGCGGACUUGGUACCAGGAGCUCCAAUCAGGGUUGGGAGGGAUGGUAAGGUAAUUUAUCUUCAUUUUUGCAAAACGAAGACAUCUUUUGUCUUAAAAAUAUACCUAAAAUACGAAAACUCAAAAUAUUCUAAAAAUACAAAACAUUUUGCGGUAUUUUAGGUUCUGAAAGGCACUCGUACCCUGCAUCAAGACUGGUUGUCCCCGCCCCAAACUGCUGUUCAUAACGCCAUCAUCAAGGAGUUUGAAGAAUAUUCGGCCGAGAUUCUGGACAAGAUCUUCCACGAACUUCACAUCGUUCAGAUCAUUCGACACACCAUCGGAUGGGAUACUGUAGUCAAUGUAGGCGGUGUGUACGUGUUCAAAAAGCCGUACAGUAUUGUGUACACGGAAUGCGAUGGGGGAUCGUUGCUGGAUUACUUCAAGCAGAAGGAACAUUCGGAAAAGGACAAAGUUGCGGUAGGGUGAAAUUUUGAUUUUUUUUUAAAUUUUGAAAAAGCAGAAUUUUUUAAAUUUAAAAUUUUUGGAACAUCAAAAUUUUAAUUUUAAAAAUAUUUUUAGAUCCUCUUGGACCUGGCAACGACUUUAGCCCACAUUCAUCAACAUCGUAUCUUGCAUGGUGAUAUCCAAGCACGAAAUGUGUUUGUUGACACUGCUGGCCCUUACUACAAGUAUGGAGGUAUGCACUAUUGUGUCAGAGUAUUGCCGAAGGAUGGUCCUGUGUAGGUUAUCUAAAAUCGUUUUUUUUUUACCUAAAAUGGUUUUUGUUACUUAAAAUAGUCAUUUUUACCUAUAAUAGUGGUUUUGUUACCUAAAAUGGUCUUCUUGUAAUCUGGGAUUGUACUUUUGAUACCUACAAGGUCUUUUGUUACCUAAAAUUGUAUUUUUGACACCUAAAACGACAUGAAUUUAAGCACCUAUUAAUUAAACUUUCAGGAUGUCAAGAAUCCACAAAGAAUUUCCACAUUCUCCACGACACACGGCUCCAGAAGUCGCUACAACCGGAAUUUUGAACGAAAAAACUGAAGUCAGUUUAGGUUUUGGUCAAUAAAUUUGGAACACCGAUUGAUUAUUGUUUUGCAAUUGCCUAAAAUAAGCUUUUCAUUUCCAUUUUCAGGUAUACUCAUUCGGAAUGUUGAUGUACGAAGUGAUGACGGGUGAGAAGCCACUCAAACAUUUGUCUGAUGAUGAAUAUUGGAAAAAGAUCAAGGAGGACAACAACAUGAGACCGGGUAGGACAAAUUGAUGCUUUGACCAAAAAUAUUUGAAUUUUAACGUUUAGGCUUAGAAAUUAUAUCAUAAUGUAAAACCAGAUCAACCAAUACCUUCCAGGCUUCUUAUUUUAACAAUACGUUUACUUUUAGUGAUCAUGAACUUGUCGCCCGCCAUCAAGAAGAUCAUUGACGAUUGUUGGAGUACUCACGUGGAAAAACGACCUAAAAUGGACGACGUGUGUCAAGCCUUGUACAACAUCAAGGAGAAGGAGGAUACCAUCAAUACCACACAGGAAAACAGCAAAGAACAAAAACAUACUGAGACUCAUUGA